GGAAGAGGAAGGGCAAGGGCAAUGAGACAAGCAGUCUUGGAUGAAAUUCGUCCCACUCUAGUUAUCCAUGUCCUUGUCCAUGGUACGACUAUGAAGGAGGCUGGGCAACGAGUACAGCCAAACUUGAGUCACUUCACCGUCGCCUCGAUCAUAAGAACCUUCAGGGAGGAAAACAGGACACAGAGACAACCACCUGGUGGAGGCAGGCUAAGGCUUUUGUCGGAGGAGCAAGAGAGGGAGCUGAGAAUAUUUGAGAUUGAAGGCCAGCCUGUUCCCCAUGAGAUUAUCUUUUUUGAUGAGGCUGGAUUUAACUUGACCAAAAGGAGAAGGGGGAGGAAAAUGAUUGGCCAUCGGACUAUUGUGAAUGUCCUGGGCCAGCGAGGAGGGAACGUCACUAUAUGCACGGCCAUCAGCCAACGAGGGGUACUCCACCGCCAUGCCAUUCUUGGACCCUAUAACACUAUGCUCCUCCUUGGUUUCCCUGAUGGUCUAAGAGAGUGUGUGUUCCAGCUUAACCAGAGGGAGCCAGCACAACCAGAGCAGCCUCGCUACAUUGUUGUUUGGGAUAACGUCAGCUUCCAUCGCGCUGCUCUGGUUCGUGACUGGUUUACCAAUAACCCAAGGUUUUCCAACAUCUUUCUGCCUGCAUACUCUCCCUUUCUAAACCCGAUAGAGGAGUUUUAUUUGCGGAAUGGCGGUGGAAAGUGUAUGACCGAAAACCUCACAUCCGUGUUCACUCCUCCAGGCCAUGGAAGAAGCCUGCCUAGACAUUUCAGUUGAUGCGUGCCAAGGGUGGAUCAGGCAUGCAAUGUGAUUUUACCCCCGCUGCCUGGCUAGGGCCAAUAUAGCCUGUGAUGUUGACGAGAUUUUACAUUAAGGACUAAAAAAUGUGCAAAUGUAUACAUUUGUUGUGUCUUUUGUUGUGUUCAUCAUGCGAAAAGGUUUUUGAGGGGGAGAACCACAAGCAACAUAACUUAUUACCGGUUUUGUAGUAUUGUUCUGAAUUUAUCUCGCCGGUGUGUAAGACUAUGUUGUAGUGUGUGUGUUUUUGAGGGCUUGUGUGUCAUGUCUGAGGGCAAAGUUUGGUUUUUCAGCAAGAUUGAAUGGUUUUGAGUGGAGAGCUUCAUUUUGACCUGAAAAUAGGAAGUUUGGGGAAUUGGGUGAGAAGUUAUGGAUUUGUGUUUAGAGUUUCGAGAAAAGGGGGCAUAAUUUCAAGAACUGUGUUUAAGCAAUUGAGAAAAACUGUAAUAUGACAAAGACACAGAGAACAAGAGGACUUAUUUAUACAAAGACUAAGUAAACGAGACACACCUGGGAUCAAUCAAGGGGAGCACACAGAACAGAGACAAGAAACAAAAAUAUACUUCAAAAUAAGUCCUAAUCCUCCUAGCGACCUCUAGUGGCCGCUAGGGGAAUGUCCCAUGUAUAAACAGUAUAUACAACACUGGAAAAAAUUAAGAGACCACUGCAAAAUUAUCAGUUUCUCUGGAUUUACUAUUUAUAGGUAUGUGUUUGAGUAAAGUGAAUUUUUUUUAUUUUAUUCUAUAAAGUACUGACAACAUUUCUCCCAAAUUCCAAUUAACAAUAUUGUCAUUUAGAGCAUUUAUUUGCAGAAAAUGACAACUGGUACAAAUAACAAAAAAGAUGCAGUGGUUUCAGACCUUGAAUAAUGCAAAGAAAACAAGUACAUAUUAAUUUUUUUAAACAACACAAUACUAAUGUUUUAACUUAGGAAGAGUUCAGAAAUCAAUAUUUGGUGGAAUAACCCUGAUUUUCAAUCACAGCUUUCAUGCAUCUUGGCAUGCUCUCUACCAGAGACUUUAUGCCACUCCUGGUGCAAAAAUUCAAGCAGCUCGGCUUUGUUUGAUGGCUUGUGACCAUCCAUCUUCCUCUUGAUCACAUUCCAGAGGUUUUCAAUAGAGUUCAGGUCUGGAGUUUGGGCUGGCCGUGACAGAGUUUUGACCCAGUGGUCCUCCAUCCACACAUUGAUUGACCUGGCUGUGUGGCAUGGAGCAUUGUCCUGCUGGAAAAACCAAUCCUCAGAGGUAGGGAACAUUGUCAGAGCAAGAAGUUUUCUUCCAGAAUAACCUUGUACGUGGCUUGAUUCAUGCAUCCUUCACAAAGACGAAUCUGCCUGAUUCCAGCCUUGCUGGAGCACCCCAGAUCAUCACUGAUCCUCCACCUGGUCGUCUAAUGGUUAGACGGAGACCUGGAGAGGCCUUCAAGCCACAGUGUCUCGCACCCACUGUGAAAUUUGGUGGAGGAUCGGUGAUGAUCCAGGGGUGCUUCAGCAAAGUUUUUUUCAAAGUGAUUUGACCAAAUUAGCAAUUUAGCAUGAUUACUCAAGGAUAAGGUGUUGGAGUGAUGGCUGCUAGAAAUGGGGCCUGUCUAGAUUUGAUCAAAAAUUACUGUUACUGUAAUGGUGCUGUUUUAUACAUCAGUAAUGUCCUGAAUAUACUUUGUGAUCAGAUGAAUGCCACUUUGGUGAAUUAAAGUACCAAUUUCCUUCUGAAACAGCAAAAUCUGCACAUUAUUCCAAACUUUUGUCCAACAGUGUAUAUAUAUAUAUGUAUACAAACAUACUGUGACACAUCAUGU